AUGCCGCGCAACUUCACCGAAUUUGAUCUUACCGCAAGCUCGACGCGGAGAAUUGGAGAACACUGUAAUAAGCUGACUCGACGGUAUUCAGGCGGCUUGCCGACCGAUAUCUCCUGCCCAUGCGACUCUGGCAUUAACUACUGA